AUGCAGUCACUGAAGUGUGAGCCACAACAAGGAGGUGGCUUUGCAUACCGACUUGAGCUUCCAGCACUGAGCUCCGUGGACGUGGGAGCCUUGGAUGUGGUGCUACUGUCCAAUCAUCUUACUCUGAUGGCUUUGCCACUAUUGACGGAAGUGUUAGGCUUCAAGGGAAAAAUCUAUGCUACAAAGCUCACUUUAGACUUUGGCCGAGUUUUCUUGGAGGAACUGGCAAGCUUGACACAAGGCGAGAAUAAUGCUGUCUUUACUUGUGAAAGCGUGGCUGACGGCACGGAGACAGAAAUUUCGAUGUAUUCGCUCAAAGAGAUUGAAAACUGCUGCAAGAAAAUAUGCUGUGUGGAGUAUGGUGAAGUCGUACCGAUGGCGUAUGGCGUACAGGUUACAGCGCUGAGUUCGGGAUACAGCUUGGGUGCGAGUAUUUGGCUUGUAGAAGGGCCGAACGACCGCCUGGCGUAUGUAGCAGCAUCCUCAGGAGACUAUAAUCGCCACCCGAAGGAGCUGGACCUGCUGCCACUGGUGGGCUGCGAGACUCUGCUUUUGACCGAUGUGAAACCGGAUCGUGAUCCUCAUUCUAACACGGAACGCAUGGUAGAACGAGUACUCAGUGGAGUGACUCGUGUGCUCGAACGUGGCGGCGUCUGUAUCGUACCAACAUCGCCUUGUGGCGUCAUGUUCGACCUCGUGGAGGCUGUGUGUGCUGCAAGUCUUCAGAACAAGCAUAAUGUCCCCAUGUACUUUAUCUCGGAAUAUGCUUCGCGCGUCAUGGAGCUUACGCUACUUGGAGCCGAAUGGCUCUGCGAGAAGAAAAUUGAAAAGUUAUAUGCAGGUGAAGACGCGUUCUUGCACGAGUCUUUGCUGAAAAGCGACUUAUUUUAUGCAGUCGCCGACGUUUCGGCAGCCUCAGCCGCUACUUUGCAGAACGGAAGUAUCCUUUUCGUGGGACAUCCAUCUCUCAAGUUUGGACGGGUGCCAAAAUUAAUCCAGAGGCUGGGAAACGAGAGUCGCAACGCUAUUCUUCUGAUUGAUCCAUCAGUCGAGCCUACCGAGGCUUUUGCUCCAUUCCGAGAUUUGGAAAUUGAAAAGAUUGCUUGCUCAAUCGACCCACGAUUAAGCUGUGGCGACGCCAAUCAGUUUAUCGCUCGCUGCUCCCCUUACAACUUAAUUGUUCCGUACGAGUACACCAUUGCAUCUCCAACGAGUGCGGUGGAAGGAGACGACAUGUCAUCGCAUUUUUCGCAAGUACUCCCACUCCACGAACUGAUUACGGCAAAAUCGAAGACGGAGCUGCUAACGUUUCCUAUGAAACAGUUUGAGCCGAUUGUAAUCGAAAAAGCAUCCAAGUAUUUGGAUGGAAGACUUGACACGAAGCUUGCUGCUCAAGUCACAAUUACGGAAGUGAAUGGAAAAACUGCUGCCUGUGUAAGUGGCGUGCUCAAUGUGAAGCGGAAAGCGUUUGUGUUAGAGCCAUUUCCAACAGCUCUUGUCACACCGCCAACCACUUUUAUGAGUACUGGAUUGAAGCCCAAGGGAUCGAGUAAGCGCAAAGCGUCAUUAAUUACGGACUCCGAUUCCAGCAGUACGCUCCAGAGUAUUAACUACCAAGACAAGAGCAGUCUCCUUCUGGGUCAAGUGGAUGAAGAUAAGCUGACGAAGCAAGUGAAAGCGCACGACCCACAAGCGCAAGUGUAUAUUUCACAAGGUCAAGGAGAUGCAGACGUGUUCAUGAGCAUCCCUUCGCUUGAUGCCCGAAUUACAUUGUGGAAAGAGACCGGGAAGACACUUGUCGAGACAGAGAAAGAGGAUGCUCGUGCCUUGCUGACGUCGUUCAUCUUGGCACAGCUGAUAGUCAUCACCCAAGGCUAG